CUCUCAGCGACUGGACGUUCUUGUCGGUCGCGCCUGCGCAGUAGCACAGAGCUUUGUUAUUGCAUUUCAGUAUGGCGCUUAGCAAGACGUUUGGACAAAAACCGGUCAAGUUUCAGCUUGAAGAGGAUGGAGACUUUUACAUGAUCGGAUCGGAGGUGGGAAACUACCUCCGUAUGUUCAGAGGCUCCCUGUAUAAAAGAUACCCGUCAUUAUGGAGAAAACUGGCAUCAGUAGAAGAACGAAAGAAAAUAGUGGAGUCAUCACACGAUCACGGCUACACUCAGCUAGCCACCAGUGUGACCCUGCUGAAGGCCUCGGAGGUCGAGGAGAUCCUUGAAGGAAAUGAUGAGAAGUACAAAGCUGUCUCCAUCAGCACUGAACCCCCCGCCUACCUCAGGGAACAGAAGGCCAAGAGGAACAGUCAGUGGGUUCCUACGCUGCCCAACAGCUCUCACCACCUGGACGCAGUGCCCUGCUCCACCACCAUCAACCGCAGCCGACUGGGCCGCGAUAAGAAGAGGACCUUCCCACUGUGCUUUGACGACCACGAUCCAGCAGUGAUCCACGAGAACGCUACUCAGUCUGAAGUUCUGGUUCCAAUCCGUCUGGACAUGGAGAUUGAGGGACAGAAGCUCAGAGACGCUUUCACUUGGAAUAUGAAUGAGAAGCUGAUGACGCCUGAGAUGUUCGCUGAGAUCCUUUGUGACGACCUGGACCUCAGCCCGCUGGCCUUCGUCCCUGCCAUCGCCUCCGCUAUCCGACAGCAGAUCGAGUCUUAUCCCACAGACAGCAUCCUGGAGGAUCAAGCGGACCAGAGGGUCAUCAUCAAGCUGAACAUCCACGUUGGGAACAUCUCCCUGGUGGACCAGUUUGAGUGGGAUAUGUCUGAGAGGGAGAACUCUCCUGAGAAGUUUGCCCUGAAGCUCUGCUCUGAGCUCGGCCUGGGCGGAGAGUUUGUCACCACCAUCGCCUACAGCAUCCGCGGUCAGCUGAGCUGGCACCAGAGGACAUACGCCUUCAGUGAGAACCCGCUGCCCACAGUGGAGAUAGCCAUUAGAAACACAGGUGAUGCUGACCAGUGGUGCCCACUGCUUGAGACGCUGACAGACGCAGAGAUGGAGAAGAAGAUCAGAGAUCAGGACAGAAACACAAGGCGAAUGAGGCGACUGGCUAACACAGCACCUGCAUGGUAGACGAAGCUGCAUCAGCGCCCCCUACAGGAACGGUGCUCAUCUGAUUGAGGGGAUCGAUUUUGCAACAUCAGCAAAGAAGACAACCUGACGUCCCUCCAUCAAGCGCUGGAUGUCUCUCCUCCUCCACCGGGUUCUCAGUCAGCUGUUCACCAUGUUUAUUUUUAUUACUAUUGAUAAUUUUAUGUUAUGUUUGGCAAAAUCCCCCGGUAGAAAAUGUCCCUCCUUCAUGUUUCCCCUGCGGCCCUCGAUGUGGAGAAGCUGCUCUCUCACUUUGACCACUGACUCUCGUUACCUAACCACAGAGGGAGAAGAAACCACACAACCAGGCUCAGAUAAUAUAUUGUUAUGUUGUAUUUGUUGUCUUUUUGUACAUUUUAAUAAUUCUUACAAAAUAAAAAAAAAAAGUUAAAGA